UUUCCUCACCAGAAUUUUCUUCACGCUUGCGCACUCUCAGAUAACUUGGUUUUGCGUGCUCGCAGUAACGCCAUCGGGCAUAAUGGGGCAUGAGAUACGCAUUUAGGUUAAUCAAUCAGUUACUUUCACCGUUGUGUCGGAUAUUAUUUAUCACUUCUUAGCGUCUUGCAGCGUUUCUCUUAACAGAGUAAAAGAUGAGUGUAAGUGAAAUCGAAUUCGUCGAUUGCAAGGAGGAACCAGAUAUCGUAGAAUCGGUUAGCAAUGCGUCACCAGAUGUCCUAGAAUCGGUUAACAAUUUGGCAGCGAAUACAUUGCCGCAGAGGUCUCGAGAAAAGUACGAGUCUGUUUAUGAAAAAUUUAUGCAGUGGAAAAAAACGAGAAAGACGACAUCGUUCUCUGAGCACGUCCUGAUGGCUUAUUUCAUUGAAUUAUCAAAAACUUUAAAGCCAUCAACGUUAUGGAGCCAUUAUUCGAUGUUGAAAAGUACCAUCGGUGCUAAACACAAAGUUGACAUGAGUACUUACGCGAGAUUGAGCGCAUUUUUGAAACGACAAGCGACUGGAUAUCAUGGCAAAAAAUCGAAAGUUUUGACAUCAAAUGAUGUGGAAAAUUUUCUCAAUAAUGCUCCCGAUAACCAAUAUUUGGCAACAAAGGUUGCCCUAGUUCUCGGAGUGACUGGAGCGUGUAGAAGAGAAGAGCUCUGUAACCUAACCAUAAAAGACAUAGACGACAAUGGCUCUAUGGCGUUAAUAGUAAUUCGGCGAUCUAAAUCAAAUAAACUACGAUCAUUCACAGUUGUUGGAGAAUUCUACAACAUUUUUAAAAGAUAUUCUGUCCUCCGUCCAAAAAAUGUAAUGUCCAAUAGAUUUUUUUUAAAUUAUCAGAACGGAAAGUGUACGCAGCAAGUUAUCGGAAUUAACAAAUUUGGCGGCAUGCCAAAGCAAAUUGCGUCCUACUUGAAUUUGCCAGAGCCUGAGACGUAUACGGGCCAUAGUUUUCGGCGGACUUCGGUGACUUUACUUGCCAAUGCUGGAGCUGAUAUCACAACUUUGAAGCGCCAUGGUGGAUGGAGAUCCAAUCGAGUGGCAGAAGAAUAUAUUAAAGAUUCGUUAAAUAAAAAGACCAAGAUCUGCGAACAGAUUGCCGAAACAGUGCAUCUACGUCCAUCGACGUCUUCCUUUAGGAAUAACCGUGUAGAUUCCACAUUCGCACCUCCAUCGCCAAAAAAAGAAAAAAACCUUGACGAUGAAUUUGAAGUGAAUAACGGCGCAUCGAUUGUCGAUGCUGAAACUGACCCCAUAACUUUGAAGCAGCAGGACGAAUGGAGAUCUAACCCAGCGGCAGAAGAAUAUACUAAAGACUCAAUGAAUAAUAAGACCAAAACUUGCGAACAGAUUGCCGAAUCAGCGCAUAGUCGUCCAUCAAUAUCAUCGUUAGAUAGUAGCGAAGUAGAUUCUCCAUCCGCACCACCAUCACCACAAAAAGAUAAAGGUCGCGAAGAUGAAUUUGAAGUGAAUCAUGGUGCAUCGGCUUCAAAAAAUACCACUGAAUCAUCCACAUCAUUUACACCUACAUCUUUGAAUUUCAAUCAUUGUUCAAAUGUAACAAUUAAUCUUUCAUGUUCAAAUGUAACGAUUAGUCUUCUGUUAAAAAAUACAUAACCGCUGCUUUUGUUAAAUAAUACCGAAAAGAUAUAACAUGAUUGUCUGAAUUUCUAUCAAUGUUCAAAUAUGACAAUUAAAUUUUCGCACUCCCGCUUGGAAAGUUUGAUUUUUACGAGGCUGAAGCUAGCAACGUUACCGUACCGAAAUAUUGGGGUAAAAACAUUGCUAUUUUCUUAUUUUUAUAAUGACUGAAGGAACUCAAAUUUCAUAAUAUGAGCCUUUGUUUUGUUUUAUUACGGUUUACUGAAUUUCAAAUAAUUUCGAAGUUACGAAGUAACAGUUUUUCCUUAGCCUAAAUCGUAUGAUAACGUUACUAACUUCAGCAUGAUUGAUUUUCAAAGCCUGUGGAGUGUGCAUGAAGCACCCUAUUUUCACUUUACUAAAAAUGAUCAUGCAAGUUGAAUUAUAAAACGUUAUGACUGAAAUUGACAUGUUAUUUAUCACAUAAUUUAUCUCGUAAGUACGAUAAAAUGUAUAAAAACUCACGUAAUAUAUUAUAAAAGCACGAAUUAUCAGAUAUACUAGAUUCAAAAUCAUAUGGCGAAGUGUAGAAUCUUUAUACGAUUUUUUAUCUAGUAUAUUUGAUGAUUCGUUCUUAUGUAAUUUACUAUGUGAUUUUUUAUAUAUUUUAUCGAAUUUACAAAAUAAUUCAUGUCUAUAAAUUACAACUGAAUUUCAGUCAUAACCUUUUUCUAAUUCAACACACGAUCAUUUUCUGUAGGG